CCAGAAAAAUGUAGAAAGCAAAUAAAGUAUCACUGUCGCUCCGUGAAACAGGGAGUAAAUCUCUCUGAUUGGGACUGCACCCUCCCUGGCCCUGCACCUCACAAUGUCAAAGAAGGGUGCCAGCAGCAGAGCUAAGGGAGACAAAGCCGAUGCCUCCGCUUCCUUACAAGCCGCCAAUGAAGACCUGAGAGCAAAACUCACCGAUAUCCAAAUUGAACUCCAACAGGAAAAGAGUAAGGUCAGCAAAUUAGAAAGAGAAAAAAAUCAAGAGAUCAAGCAAAUCAGAGAACACGAACAGCAUAAAAAUAUUGUUCUGAUUACCGAGCUAAAGGCCAAGCUGCACGAGGAAAAGAUGAAGGAACUUCAGGCUGUGCGGGAAGCCCUGCUGAGGCAGCAUGAGUCGGAACUGUUUCGGGUUAUUAAAAUUAAAGAUAACGAUAAUCAAAGACUUCAGGCCAUUGUCAACGCGUUGCGGGAUGGUGCCCCGGAAAAAGUCAAAACUGUUCUUUUCUCCGAGGCGAAAGAAGAAGCCAAGAAAGUGUUUGACUUUGAGAAGAUCAAAAUGCAACAAGAGAUUUUUGAACUGAAAGGAGCCAAAAGGCAAAUGGAGGAGGCCUUGACCGUGGUCAUGCAGGCCGAUAAAAUGAAAGCAGCGGAAAUAAGGAGCAUCUACCACCUGCACCAGGAGGAGAUUUCCAAAAUUAAGCGGGAAUGUGAAAGAGAAAUUCGUAGGCUGAUGGAUGAAAUUAAAUUAAAAGACAGAGCAGUUAACCUGCUGGAAAAAGAGUUAGGGGUGCAAUCCGGGCAUGCUCAAAGACUUCAACUCCAAAAGGAGGCCUUAGAUGAGCAGCUUAUCCAGUUCAAAGAGUCUGACCGUCACCUGAGCAGCCCGAAACGGGAGCUUCCCAAUGCCAGUGGUGCAGGAGAGACUUCAGAUCAUUCUGGAAGCCCUGAACAGCAGUUGGACGAAAAGGAUGCUCGUCGCUUCCAACUCAAAAUCGCUGAAUUAAGCUCAAUUAUCCGGAAACUGGAAGACCGAAAUGCGUUGCUAUCGGAAGAGAGAAAUGAGCUAUUAAAACGUCUAAGAGAGGCAGAAAGUCAAUAUAAACCUAUUCUGGACAAAAACAAGAGGCUUAGUCGAAAAAAUGAAGAGAUCUCCCAUUUGUUACGGAGAAUGGAGAACAAGCUGAAGUUUUUAACGCAAGAAAACAUCGAAAUGAGACAAAAAGCUGGAAUUAGGAGGCCAAGCUCCUUGAAUGAUCUAGACCAAAGUCGAGAAGAGAGAGAAAUUGACUUUUUGAGGCUGCAGUUGAAUGAGCAGCAACUCUUCAUUGAUGAACUUUGUAAGACUCUGGAAACUGCCGGCUAUGUGAAGAGCGUCUUGGACCGUGAAAAGCUUUUGAGGUUUAGAAAGCAAAGAAAGAAAAUGGCAAAACUCCCCAAGCCCGUCGUGGAGACCUUUUUUGGAUACGACGAGGAAGCUUCACUAGAUUCAGAUGGUUCUUCAAUCUCCUACCAUACAGACAGAACAGAUCGUACACCGUGCACUCCCGACGAGGAUGUGGAAGAGGGAAUGGCCAAAGAAGAGACAGAGCUGAGAUUCCGCCAGCUGACCAUGGAAUACCAGGCCUUACAACGCGCAUACGCCCUUUUGCAAGAACAAGUUGGGGGAACCCUAGAUGCAGAGCGAGAAGUUAAGACCCGAGAGCAGCUACAAGCAGAUAUUUAUCAGUACCAGAGGACAAUAGAGGAUCUUGAAAAAGCCAUGUCUGAGCAGGGCCAGGAUAUGAAGUGGAUUGAGGAAAAGCAAGGGUUGUACAGGAGAAAUCAAGAACUUGUAGACAAAAUCAAGCAAAUGGAAACUGAUGAAGCCAAGUUCAAACAUGACAUUCAAGAUGUUAAAGAUCAGAACGAGCUCCUGGAAUUUAGGAUAUUGGAGCUUGAAGAAAGGGAGAGGAGGUCCCCUGGCAUCACUUUCCAUCACAUCCCUUUUACAGAAGGAAAGAGCCCGCUGCAAGUUUACUGUGAAGCAGAAGGUGUUACUGAUAUCAUUGUUUCAGAGCUAAUGAAAAAACUGGACAUUCUAGGGGAUAACGCCAACCUGACCAACGAUGAACAAGUGAUUGUCAUCCAAGCAAGGACUGUCUUGAACCUGGCAGAAAAGUGGCUCCAGCAGAUAGAGGUGACUGAGUCUGCUCUGCAGCAAAAGAUGGUGGACCUGGAAAAUGAGAAAGAUCAGUUCACAAAGCAGAAAGGAUAUUUGGAUGAUGAACUGGACUUCCGGAAACAAUCCCUGGAUCAGGCUCACAAACAAAUUCUGGAACUGGAGGCGAUGCUAUACGAUGCCCUGCAGCAGGAGGUGGGUGCCAAGAUGGCUCACUUACUCUCAGAAGAGGAAAGAGAGGAGCUGAAAUGUGCGGUGGAGCAGUGGAAAAGGCAGGUCAUGAUUGAGCUUCGAGAAAGGGACGCCCAGAUCUUGCGUGAGCGCAUGGAAGUUAUCCAGCAUGCCCAGCAGAAAAUAAAGGAACUAGAAGAAAGAAUAGAAUUUCAAAAGAGGCAACUUAAAGAAUUAGAAGAAAAGUUCUUAUUUUUGUUUUUAUUUUUCUCGUUGGCGUUUAUACUUUGGUCCUAGAUCUUUCUGCACGUCAGGCUGGCAAACCAGGACCAGUAACGACUAGAAACAGGGCACAACGACUUGAACGUCCCUUUCAACAAAGCCCCGAAUUCCUUCUUCAUGUUCCUUUCUUAUCUUUGACUUCCGCUAGAGAGGUGCUGUGCUGAAUUUUGCAGCGACGCGUUUGCUACGGAUUUUAGAAACUCAAAAAAGAACAAAAACAGACGAGAGCUUUGCAAAAAUAUCUUCUAUUUAAUCAGGCCAAAUGGAAUCCAUAUACUUUUCCUGCUAAGCAGGCAGCGAAUUGCUUCUGUGAAGAAUUUACAUCACGCGCUUGUUGGCUCCAUCCACUUGGAGCCUUGGGCACAGAAGUGAGCACCCUGGAGUGUAAUGGUCACGGAACGCUUUGUUUGUACUCGCCAAAGACUAAGGCCUAUGCCCCAAAUCCUACAAAGUCUUUUUUUUCCGGUGGAAAAUGAUAUCUGGAACAGGAGCUGGAAUAUUGUGUCGCUGGUCGGCGGGUUCUUACUGGACAUUUGAAGACAAACAUGGCGGCUGUAACAGAACAAGUAAGAGAAAGCACAAGAAACCCAAGUCCCAUAUUUCAUCCAUUCUGACAAACCAAAACUGGAAAAAAAAAUCUCAAGGGAGCACUUAUCUGAAAUUCCACCAACAAUAUAGGAUGAAGUGCCAAACGUUUGUUGCAGUGGUAGGAAAACAAACAGACUGGCUUUCCUAAAGGAACACUCACUUACCAAGGGAAAGUCUGAUGCCUUCACAAACUCAGUUAUUCUUGGUUCUUUCCAUGUAUAAGAACUUUCCAUAGAUUGGAUGAAAGAAGUACUGGGCUAAUGCUGAGCUGGCUGAGUCGUUUGCACACUGUGGAUCACAUACAUUCCAGUUAUUUAGAUUUACACCGCUCUUAUCUGAAAUGAUUUUGCUGGCACUGUAUUGUAUGCGCCAUAGACAGAAGACACCACCCAAAAGGCAGCUGUCACCCUUGCAUGGUGCUGGGUCUGCUGGCAGGCAGUUGGCUCCCCUCUGCGGCUCUCUGUCCUACACCCCAGCAAAGCUAUUAGAAAAUAUAGAAGAAGUCCCACUGUACAGUUAAUUCUAGAUAACAGAUUCGCUUAAGGUUAAUUAAAUGCCUAGUAUUUAUUCUGGGGCUGAGCGAAUUUUGCUUGAUUUCAAGGGGUUUAUCAGUUUUUGUUGUUAAUAACACUACACUGCACCCCUGGAAAACAUUUGCUGAUAAAUGUAUUAAAGGAAAACUAUACCCCCCCAAACAAUGUAGGUCUCUAUAAAAAUAUAUUGCAUAAAACUGCUCAU